AGGCCCAAUACCAACUGCCGAGGCCCAAAACCUAAAACCCAUCGGAGUUCCGCGACGCCGCUUGGCGACAGUCGUCACAGCCGCCACCCCUCUCCGGCGCCGCCACAGCCUGGGGCAAGCCACGGACGGAGAUCUCUGCGGAGCUACCCGUUUGGCUGCUUUCCUCCGUAGGCUUGGUUACUAAUCUGUGAUGGGGAAAUCCAAAGACAAGAAGGGUUCGCGGGAAGCGAAGGAGGAGAAGAAAUUGGCGCUUGGGGUGAAGAGGAAGCAGCUGAAGAGGAAGAAGGACAGAGCUUUGGAAUGUGCCGUCGAUAGCGAACCCGCUGCCGAGCAUGGCGUUAAAGAAGAUAAAGAAUUGGCAAGGAGAAAGAAAAUUCCAUUGGUGAAGCAGAAGAAGAAAAAUAAGCAUGCCAAUGUUAAGAGUAAUCAUGAUAUGGAAGAUGGUGUGGUGGAAUUACUGUCAGGCAGUAAAGAUCCUGCAAUGCCUAAGCUGAAGAAGAAGAAGAGCAAAAAGAAGCUAAUGGAAAGUAGCAGUCCUGCUGUCGUGUAUGAAAGUUCAGUUGUUACCGAUGAUGCUGGAGCACCUAAGCUGAAGAAAAAGAAAAAGAAGGUAAAGGGAGGGAAGAGCUCUGCUGGGAUUACUGACACAGAAGAAAUCCUGCAUGAAAAUCAAAGUAAAGAAACUCAAAGUGCUGAUGUCAACCAACUUGCAGCACUGAGUGAAGAUGUGGAUAAUGAAGAGCCUCAGAAGUCAAAGAGGGGAAAGAAAAUGGAAGUUAAAAAAACUGGGAAGGCCAAGAAGAAAGAUAAGCAUGCAUCAUGUAAAGAUAAUAAUAACAACUUGGAGAGACAUGUUGAAGUUAGUACUGCAAACGCUGAUGAGAUUCCAUCAGUUGAUGAAGACUGUUCCAGAGGAAUGAAAAAAUGGAUCUUGGAGUACAAACUGAAGAGACCUGGCUUGAAAGCCUUGCAGGAAAGAAUAGAUGAGUUUAUUGUUGCUCAUGAGGAACAACAAGAGAAGGAGAGGAAAGAAAGGGAGGCCCGUGCAGCAGAAGAUGGAUGGACGGUUGUGGUGCAUCACAAGGGGAGGAAAAAGACCACUGAUGCUGAAACUGGAACAGCUGUUGGCUCUGUAUCUCUUACUGCAAUGCAAGAGAAAAUGGCUAAUAAGAAACCCAAGGAAGUUGAUACGAACUUCUACAGAUUUCAGAAACGAGAAGCCCACCUCAGUGAACUGGCAAUGUUGCAAAGCAAGUUCGAGCAGGACAAGAAAAGGAUACAGGAGCUUAGGGCUCAGAGGAAAUUCAAGCCUUACUAGUUCUGCUCAGAUCUUAAAGAUGGCCAAAGGAUUGGUGGUUGUUCAUCAGUGGUCACUCGUUGCUCGACAAACAAUUUUGAUUCGCUGGAUAUUCUCUAGCAUGUAUGGUUCUUAGCUGAAAGCCUGAAACAAUGUCAACUAUACACAGUCUUGCAUUUGCGGGUGCCAAUGUAUGCUAUUUUGGUCAAACCUAUGAUCUGGUGUGCUCU